AGACAAGCAGAGAAGGAAAGAAUGUCAUUCUACAUUUGUGAGCAUAUAUGAGGCAAGGCUAUGGACCACUAAAGAGACAGCAGCCUGGGUAUCAGUGUUAGGCCACUGCGGCCACUAGAAUCAUAAAAAAGCAAAGGAGAAGCAGAAAUAAAGGACCAAAAUCUCUGCAACUGCCUUGCUGUUUUAUCUUUUUCAUAAGGCUACAGCAGGUGUUAACCUCUGCCCAGUGGUACAUUCCAAGCAGAUACUUUCAAGAAUAACUGGAUCAGACUUUGCUUUACAGACCAAUCAGAAACCACCUAUAAGGAAAUGCAUAUAAACCAACCUUUGUGAUCCGGAAGCACAGAGAUAUGAGUGACACUAUCCUACAGCUUUCAGCAGAAGUGGGAGUAUCCAAAUAACGUUGCCACUUACACGGCCUCUACAAACUGCCCGGAGAAGUCUGAUCUUCCAUGCAGAAUUGAUGUGACUGAGGGCAAUCCUCCUUCUCCCUCCCAAUGUAGGGGAUCUGCUCACACACCACUGGACUAUAAAUAUACUGCCUCCAAGGUCACAUAAACUCAGGGAAAAAGUAUUUACAGACAAGCGUCUUGCCCUGGAAUACACUGACAAGCAUUCAACUGUGAGCAAAUGAGCCACAAGCAACUGAACAGCAAGUAAAUAAAAGUCCUAGAAACUGUUUUUCGGAUUUCCAAACGUCCAUACCGGCUGAUGACUUCGCGAUGGGGGACUCCUUAAGCAGCCGGACUACCGAUAGCACCACAUCAAAAAACGCACCCUCUGAGGCAGCAAAAGCAUUUCCGCUUCAUUCGUGAAGUAGUUUAACUUCGUGAAGGCUGUAAAUCGUCAGAAGUACCUCUUGGACACCAAACAGCUGAAAACAAAGUCCUUAUCUGAUCAAACAAUGGCCUAAUAGAAGAAAAUAGCAAACAAAAGGAAACCAAGACUUUGACUUGUAGCAGGAGAUAAAUCCGACCUCGGAUGUCAUGCACUUCUAAUCGGAAGACCAGACUAGCUCUCUGAAGCAGGCAAACUCUUGAAAACCACCAAAAAGACAAAUUAGAAUAAACUAAAACUUCGCUUAGGCUGGAGGAAUGGCAGCUACCCGCUUUGAUUCUCCUUCUUCAGAGAUGAAUGCAUCAUUCAUGCAAUAACCCCAUGCUUGUGAUGUUCACAAAGUGAGGAUAUGAGGAAACAACCCAAACGAUUAGCUUGAGUCACUAGUGAUCAUGUGCAAAGAGGUUGGACACAUGAGGAAUGUCAACUGUUUUCUACUUUGGAAGAUACAACACAAAUGAGCCAGAAAUUAUGUUCACCACUGUGAUUCAUGCAACAGGAAAUGAUGUCUGUUCAGCAGCAGUUACUGAAUGUUCGAUCAGCCAGUCAGCCUUCUAUUCUUAAUGCAAAUCCCAUGCUUCAGCAAACAUUAUUCAUGCAACAGAUGCAAGGUAAUAUGAGAGGAUUUAAGAUGACUGGAGGUCCACCACUGCAUCCGUUUUUCUCUCAAGCUGCAAGACCUUCUGUUCUUGGAGUACCUGUUGUUAGAGUUUCAGUACCAAUGAAACCAACUCGUCUUGGCUUUCCAAACAUUCCUUUUACACAACAGACAAGAGUAUUUUAUAAAGACAACCAAAGGUCUUCAUCAGAUCGGAAGAGAGAGUUGGAGCAGGCUUCAGCAUCCAGAUCUUCAACAGUGGCAAAGAACCAAGGAGGUAAAGCGCCAGAUGGCAUGGAUCCAGACAGUGAAACUUCAUCACAAGCAAACCGUGCUGAACAACCUGCAACAAAGCGAGUAAAACUUAAAAGUCCUGAGGAAGAAACUGGGGAAAAUGAAGGCACUGCAGCUUCCGAGCAGCGAGAGGUAGAGGACACUGAGAUCUUACAAAGUCAAAAGACUGAUGGAUCAGAUUUGAUGGUUAAACCCAAAACUGGAGCAGAUGAAGAUGAAAUGAGGAGGAGUGAUUGUGAAAGUUCCCGGAAAUCUGAUGCUUCCAAGGAGAAUAAAAAUACUGAGUUGCUGAGUACAGGUGGAUCAUUGAAAGUAACUAUUCAGCAAUGCAGUGAAAGCAGAGCAAUCAGCACAACAGUAUCAGAUCCUGGGCACAAAUGCACUGAACAAUCUACUACAAGCUCCGGAGUUCAAAGUUUUGAAUCAGUCCGUAAAUUUUUCUGCUACAUCUGCAACAUGAACUGUUUCAGCCAGCAGAACUUCAAGCUUCACAUGAGUGGGAUCCAUCACCAACAACGAUUACUUGGGAUUCAGCAAAUGAGCAGUGCCUGCCUUGUUUCACUGCUACCGAAAGUGAGGCAGGAUGCCCAGAGUCUGGAACAAGCAAAGUGCAGCAGCGGAGAAAGAAGAAGCCAUCAGCAAAAGUGGUGCAGUACUUGUCAGGCUCACUUCUCAGGCGAUCUGAUUAAACAUCGCAGGACUCAAGUGCACAAGCUUAGUAAGCAUUCCCUGCGCCCUUUCUGUGUUGUCUGCAGCCGACACUUCAGGACCCCGCGGAAGUUUGUAGAGCAUAUGAAGUCUCCAGAGCACAAGCAGAAGGCAAAGGAGGCCAAGUUUCGGGAACAGGGUGGACCAGAAGACUCUGAGAAGUUAAUCACCUUGGAUGCUGUAGGUUGUUUUGAAGAAGCUGAUGAAAAUGGAGGAGUAAGUGAAGAAGAUGAAGGAUCUGGCCAUCAACAGGUUAGAAAAAAGGAUUCAAGCCUACAAGCAGCUGAAGGUGGUAGUACUUACAAUCCUAACACUUUCUAUGGUCCAGAGUUUGUGGUUCCAGUAACAGGUUUUCUUUGCAGGCUUUGUCACAAAUUUUGUCAUUCAGAAUCAGCAGUCAACACCCACUGCAAGUCUCGCUUGCAUUUUGAGUGUGUACAGACAUAUAAAAAGGAGAUAAACUAUGCUGCUAUGGAAUCACAGUCCAGAACAAAAGAAACUUCAGCUGAUAAUGAAUUAGUCCAAGGUGAAGAUAACUGCAUCGAUUCAAAAGCAGAUGACCAACAGAACACAGACGAGAAUGAAUAUGCAGAAUUGUCUGAAAAUGGAAAUGGAUUUGAAGCAUUACCUGAUAAGCCGUUCUCUUUGGGGGAAGGGCAUGAGCAAGGCAGUCAGAAUGCAAGGGAAACUGAUAAAUGUCCUGUUAAAGAUGAGAAAGAAGGAGAGAUUCUUGUAGCUGCUGACUCAGACAUUGGGAACUCUGAACCACAUGACAACUACAAUGCUACAGGUAAUGGUGGGGCUGACUAUCAAGUUGAAAGUGCCAUGGUUUUAGAGGCAGGAGAAACUGAUGUGGAGUCAAACAGCUGCAGCCAAGAACAAGUUGGAGUGGAUGAUGACAGCACUGUUGAACUAGAACUUGAGAAUGCCGAGGACUUGAGUUUAGACAGGUCUAAUGAUCAAGAAGUGGAAAUUGAUGAGUCUAAAGAUCAAGAAGUGGAAAUUGAUGAGUCUAAAGAUCAGGAAGUGGAAAUUGAUGAGUCUAAAGAUCAAGAAGUGGAAAUUGAUGAAUCUAAAGAUCAAGAAGUGGAAAUUGAUGAGUCUAAAGAUCAAGACGUGGAAAUUAAUGAGUCUAAAGAUCAAGAAGUGGAAAUUGAUGAGUCUAAAGAUCAAGAAGUGGAAAUUGAUGAGUCUAAAGAUCAAGAAGUGGAAAUUGAUGAGUCAACAGGUGAAAAAGAGGAAUCCAGCCCUACAGAGAGGCCUUACUAAGGGUUCCCCAAGUAGGCAUACAAGUUGAAGUGGAACAGGAUGAAUGUCAGAAGAAUGGCUUGUGUGCAGGAAAACAAACAGUAUAAUGUUUGCCAGAAGUAUAUUUGGCUGAAUAUUUCUAAUUUAAGAGAUUAACAUACUCUUUGUUCUUUAAAACUGCAUUUAUUAAAAAAAUAAUUAGAUUA